AAUUAAGAAGUAGACUAAAAAAAAAAAAGUUGAAGCGAAAUAUUUUAUUAUCUACAAUCUUUCAUUAUCCACGAUAUUAUAUUCUCUAGUAGAGAUUGAAGAUCUCUUUACUCCUUCUUCAUGCUAGCCACGAGGGUGACUAGCGGCGCAAUCUGUCUAAGAUGCCGACUGCGUCUUCUUCAUCGGAGCGCUCAACCUUUUCAAGCCUCCAGUCGCAUAACCAGAACCCAGCAUCCAACCCUGAGGCGCUUUUAUGGAGACUCAACCUCCCGUUCCCUCGACAAUGAUUUUGCCCCCGAAGAUGAGGACGUGGAUUCGAAAUAUGAAAAUGAAGCGCGAGGUAGGAGGCGUGAACAUGGCGCAAGACAUGGCAUCAAGACCAAGACCUUGACCCUCCACAAGAAACGCCUUUCCCGCGAUCGCGUCCUCGAGGAGGCUUCAGGGAUUCUUGGUACCGAUAUGCUGGGCAAGCCUGCCUCUGUGAUUAUUAUGAAGGACAAAGGACUGCGUCGAAAAAAAUAUAAUCCUUCUGCCCCCGAUGAAUCCGAUGAUAAGCCUGACAACCGGCCUGCAAAUCUCGAGGCUCUGCUCGACCUCCAGCGUGAAACGCCAACCGCAGAGGAAGUCCAUGACAAUAUUCAUAGUCUAAAACCAAAAUCAUAUAAUACUAUGCCGGAAAGGGACUUCCGCAAGCUGCAAGCCGAGCUAAUGGACGGCUUUCUGAGUAACCAGCUUCAUGAUUAUCUCAAGGAUCACAAGCAGGAUGGCCGUUCACCCAAAUUCGACGACUUGGCAAAUACAACGUCGAUUAAGUUGAAGAGGUAUAGUUGGAUCAGAGAGAUCAGCCCAUGGGUGCCAUUAAACCCCCAUUCAGACCCCGUAGAAGGUGGCAAUAUUAGCCUGCAUGGAUACGCAACGGAGUCGACCACUCUAAAAGAGGAACUCGCACUACGAAUCAUGCGUGAAUGUUGGGGUCUUUCGAUUGCAGAGCUCGAUGCCGGGCUUGGCGAAAUAAACAUCAAAAUUCGAAAUGCUACGUUUCUUCUACUCAUGCGUGGUACUCGACGAUGGGUGGCAUUUAUGGACCACAUAUCGCUAGACCCUGGAGAGAAGAUCGAGGCGUUUCGGAAUAGAAAGACUAUACGCAUCGUGGCGACAAAAACCAAGGCUUUAACAAUAGUACAAGGAUUGUCCAAGAUGAUCAAACAUAUCGCCGAAGCAAACUAUCCGGCCGACUUCAUCUCAUCGGAACCCCUCGACGAAGCGGUACUGGAAGAGGUAGGACGUAUCACAAAUACAUACGUCAGGCUAAACCAGAUUACCAGACACUUGAUCGUAACUUGGAUGGAAUCCGAAGAACAUACUUCGGAAGGUCCUAUAGGCCUAAGAUCCCCAGGCGAUGAAGUCUUCCGUCUACUCCUUACCGCUUUCAAACCACAACCAGCAACGACAGCCACGCUCUUGGCAGCGGACUUGGAAAGUCAGGCCACGGGUAGGUUUGUUAUGAAUACUGCAAAUAAAGAAAAACUGGGAUGGAAUGACAGAACGGGUGUGUGGGCUCGUUACAUACUGCCAGUAGCAUCCGAGGACAGCGAUCUGGAAGUAAUGGAACAACUUGACAGACUUGACAGACUUAGGCUCCCCAUUGUACCACAGCCCGAAUUACCCACUUCCAAUGAGCUCGAUAUACCUGAAUCGGAUGUGUUACUGUCACCUUACGAUAGCGUGGAAUGGACGAAGGAGUCCCAAGUAUCAACUGUAGCGCAAUUCGGCUCUUUGCUACACGCGAACAACCCCUCUGGCUCACCUCCUAGUCUACCUGACCUCUUGACUGCCAACCACCCCCGAGUAUUCGCCGCUGCCACGCCGCAUGCUAUUCAGCUUACCAAGUUUAAUAAUGCGACCCAAUCGCCCGUCAAGACGAGAACUUCAGUGCUUAUCCGAUUCUGGCCGACACCCUAUUUCGAGCCCACUCGCAACGAGGACUACAUAAAAAAGAAGCGGAAAGGCAAACCUCGCGCACCUCGCGUUGCCACUCCUCCCGCGCCUCUCCUUGAGCUUCGUCUCGCAGUGUCCGGCAACGAAAUAAAGGGCAUCGAGAGCUUCCGCGCUAUCAAGCAAACACAAGUAACGGACGUCAUGCUCCCCGCGUCCCUCGUCGACCUACGCUUCACGCAGGCCCAGUACGCUGUGCCCGAAGACGAACUUUCCGAGAUGGCUUCCUGGGAGCCGUUGAAUAAGUUUCUCAGAGCAUCGCAAUUCGACCUAGAGCGUGGUGAGCUCAAGACGCCGCCAAAGCAGUCGUUCUUCGUCCGCUGGUAUCCAACCAUGCAGCCUUUUUCCGGCGACACCGAAUCCGGAACGCCGCGAAACCUCGAUACCGAGUAUACGCUAGCAAGCCUAGAGAUUCAUCGCUCAAUCUCAAUGCCAUAUGAAGGAUUCAAAUUAUCAUAUACAUAUAUAGAGGCAGGGCCGGAGAGCGAGAGGAGAGCGGAAGUUACCUUGGAACCCGAAACUAGCGCUGGUCUCUCUAAGACGGACAUGCGUACAUAUCACGAUCGCUUCUUAGCAGCCUGCCAAAAACUCGCCAGCACUGAUGAGCUGUGGUCAGGAUUACAUAGCAUGUAAAUACGGGCUCGAUCACCUAGCUACAAACUAUCGUGUGUAAUAUAAUGUGCAUUUCUAAAGGUUUCAUGCUUCCUACUAUUUCGUAGAGCAGCCAAAGCCACACGCGAAACCUCUCUCUCUCUUACUCAAGUAUAGAUAGCCAUUGCAAUCUUCAUAGCGAGCAUAGCUGACACGUCAGUUUCGUAAACAGGUAACCUCAAAAUGUUACGUUUUCUGAAUAUCACGUCAAAUACGAAGACUAGUCAAAAAGUAUUUACAAUGAUAACAUUGACUCGGUGAUCCAGUAUACCAGAUAUUUAUCAAACAAUUAUACUAGCUUAGUAGGCCUCUAAGGGAUCAGUCGUAUUACGGAAGGGAUAGGGAAGCUUCCAGCAUGAAACCAUGAUUGACAAUAGAGAAAUCAAAUGUUAAUUUGAGAGGCACGGAGCGAGAUACAAAUAGUACAGCAGAAUUUUAUAGUCACUUUAGGGAACACAUCACAAUCACAGCAUAAAUAAGAGGGGUCACGGUCUAUGACUCUAUUUUACUACAAGCACAUGAUGAGAAAGUUUUGUCGCGGAAAUGCCCAUAACC